CACUUUUAAAUCACCAAAAUGUAUAUUAGAUUUAUUUAUCUUAGACAGUCUAUUGUAAGGUCCAAUUAAAUAAUAAUAAUAUUAUUAUUAUUAUUAUUAUUAUUAUUAUUAUUAUUAUUAUUAUUAUUAUUAUUACUAAUACUACUUCUGUACCGGCUGUUAAAACAAGAGCUCGAUAAAUCUAGCGUUUCCCAUGUGGGCAAACUAAUUGCAUGACACAGGAGUGAAUUGGGGGUAUUGUGCGAUUGCUUUAGGUAGUUUCGUGACAUUUCUGUGCGUCUAUCAAACACACAAACAAAACGGUGGGGGUUAGAGAGGUGGAAGACAAGUAGCAACAACUUCAUUUGGAGGAGGACGGUAUCAGACAUCUUUUUUAAGUCGAAAGGAACGCUGAUUUGUUAACACAUUUUAAACAUAAUUGUUUUGUGUUUUAACGUUAGCGUUUGUAAAGGAAAAUCAACCAAACAAUGGCGUUGUGUUUUUCGGUCACAAUAUUUGCAGUUUUAUCUGCUGCUUUGGCCAUAUCUGUGAGCAUACCUAAAGAAGUCUAUGAGGUCGCAAGAGGAGACAAUGUGACGAUACCAUGUAGCUUCAAAACAACUGUGGUUCUGAGCCAGAUUAAGGCCCUGAGCGUUCAUUGGGCUCGACUUGGAAAACACCCAGAAGAUCCCGCGUCAAAAAUACUUGAUUUUUAUUAUCCAGCCAAUGAGUUGGAUAUUAAUGCAAAGUAUGAAGGAAGAGUUGGUUUUUUGUCAAAACCUGAAAUGGGCGAUGUUUCUAUCUACCUCAGUAAAGUGACUCUAGAGGACAACGGCUUUGUGGAGUGUGCUGUCAACAUUGCAAAAGACAAGGAUGGGGUAAACACACAUGCAACCAAUCUGCUUGUGUUGGUUGCUCCAUCAAAGCCACUGUGCUCUGUGGAAGGAAAGGCAGAAUAUGGGCAGGACAUCAUGCUGAAAUGUUUCUCAGAAGAAGGGUCCCCUCCACCAAUUUACAAGUGGACAAACUAUGAUGUACGAAACACUCUGAGGCCAGAUCCACCAAAAUCCAAAGAGGAAAAUGGAAUGCUGACUCUGGUGAAUGUUUCCUCGGACACCUCUGGAUUCUUCAUUUGCACCUCGUCCAAUAAAAUCCGCUCCGCCUCCUGCAACAUUACCCUUGCUGUCAUGCCUCCCUCCAUGAAUAUUGCUAUGACUGCCGGGAUUAUUGGAGCCAGCGUUGUUGCACUUGUUAUCCUUGCAAUAGUGGUUUACUGUUGCUGCUGCCGUAACACAGAGCCACCCGAGGAAUAUGAAAUGGAGGUUCCGGGAGAGGAGGAUUUUGACCCAAAAGCCAAGCCCCUGAAGAACAGCAAAGAAUAUUAUGAUGAAAAGAACGAGCCCCGCCACAAUGGAGACACGUACUACGAUGAUGAUGGUGAGGAGGAGGAGGAGGAGAACAAACGCUCCAGGCCUGCCAUGAUCCCACCUAGCAAGCCAAGGAGUAUGGGCCAUUCUGAUUCUUAAGUGUACUUGCUUGCUGUAUUCUUUUUAGAGUCUAAGCACUGGAGAAGGGAUCCCUUUAUUUUGUUAAUUCAAUUUAAAUAAACGUCAGGGUUUAACAGCCCCCAGUUUGGCACUAAUCUUGGACUACCUAAUCUUACCUUAGGUAAGGUAGGGUGUGAAUCCAGCCAUCUUUAUUGUCAUUUCCUCUGUUUUUUUUUUAACUUAGAAAUAUUGCUUAGCAAAAAUAAGUACUCUGGCAAGUAUGCAAUCUGAUGCAUCUACUGUGUAACCAAUCCUACAGUGUGUGUGAUUGCAGAACAGCUGGUAGACUUUUAGAAAUGUGGUUUCUGUGGGUGUCAAUCACAUCGCUUGCUGAAAACAGAGUCAAAAUAUCUUUUUACAUUUGUUAUACUUUCAAAUAUUUUGUAUUUGAUUAAAUGUCAUGUUUUGCAUGUUUGUUUUUGUAAUCAUGUUUAUUUACUAUGCUUAACCAUGUAUUACCAAAUGGAUUUUCGGUUGCUAUAUUUAAUGAAUUUUAUAAAAUUAAGUUGCCUGUUUUCAGUAAUAUGGUAAAUAAUAUGGGUGUUGUAAUUGCAUGAAUGGUAGGAACUGCGGUCAGGUUUUUGUAAAUAGAAAUAGGCGAUAAAACAUACAUGCAUACGUACAUGAUGCAAGGAUUUUGGACAGUGUACAGUACAGUGCUCCCUCUUUAUAGUGCUGCAGUCUGUAGCAUAAUGAGGCAAAUCAGACCCAUUCCCAUUCCACUGUAUAACCAGGUCCGCCGUAUAAAGGGUAACCUGAUAAAAAGGGAAUGCUGCAUAAUGUAUUUGAAUACUGAAUCUGACUUGUUUUGUCACCUUCUAGUCAGUGAAAAUGAUUUGAAGAUGGUGCAGAGUGUAUACUACAGUCAAACCUCUAUUAAAGACCACCAGAGGGACUGCUUGUGUGUAGCAACCACUCUAAUGAAUCCCCAUGUGUACAUCCCAAAUUAAAACAGCUGCAUUUAUAACCAUUUUGGGUCAGCCCCUGAAGUGGUCACUUUAAGCAGGUUUGUAUUCUACUCUUGUCCUAUUAGAGGCUGUCACUGGCCUCGAGGGGAAUACAAUGUAAUGAUGUGUAUGCAUCUAAAACCGUAUUCUUUACAAUGGAUUAUUUUUAUUCUCUUGUCGCAUAUCUUCAUAUUUACUGGUAUAUAAUAUUUUUUUUUGUAUAUUGGUACUGGGUAUAAUUGUGUAAAUUGAUUAAACUUUGGGUUGAUGCAAUUAUAUAUAUUAUAAAUAAAGGCAAUUCCCUUUAA